CAGUCAGUGGCUCGUGUCGCGCAUGCGCAGUGGGAAUGAGAGUUUUGUUAGGCGAAGAUGACGUCGGAAAAGUUGAAGUACGUCUCGUUGAUUAUUCUGUGCGCGAUCAAUCUUCUCAAUUACAUGGACAGAUUUACUGUUGCGGGAAUUGUGACGAUUUUACAACAGCCAACCGACUGUAUUAACUGUGCCUGCAACAGCUCACACUACCACUAUCGGAACACCACUCACAAAAAUAUUUCUGUCGGUUACGAAUGUGUUGCUCAAAGUAGCAGCAGGAAAAACUCUUCUAGCGGCAUUUGCUGGUGCUGCUGUGGUCUGGGAAUAGAUGAUGAGCAAGUAGGAUUACUGACGACGAUAUUUAUCGUCAGCUACGCGUUGUUGUCGCCCGUAUUUGGCUACUGUGGUGAUCGAUACAGCCGGAAGAAGUUGAUUGCUCUGGGGAUUACCAUCUGGUCUGGGUUCACGUUGGCGGGGUCAUUUUUCAAAGUUUACUAUGCAUUUCUUAUAAUGCGAAGUUUAGUUGGUGUGGGCGAGGCCAGCUAUGGCACCAUUGCUCCAACUAUUAUUGCGGACUUGUUUCCGGCGAAUAAGAGGUUACUCAUGCUCUCUUUAUUUUAUCUUACGACUCCCUUCGGAAGUGCUCUGGGAUAUAUUGUUGGCUCACAUGUUGCUACAUUGUUCAAUUGUUGGCAAUGGGCAUUUAGGGUGACUCCAGUUUUUGGCAUCAUACUGGCAUUACUCUGUUUGUGUGUCGUUCAAGAACCUCCACGAGGUCACAGCGAUACUAACUCAGAUGGUACCAUGCAGUCAAGCCAAAACAUGAAGGGAGUAUCUGGUGCUGGUGCUUUCUUGAAUGAUGUUGUUAUGAUACUGAAGUGUAAGAGUUUUGUGUGGUCGACGCUGGGAUUUUCCUGUAUGUCGUUUGUUGUGGGCGCUCUGACACAAUGGGCACCCACUUUCAUCAUCUGGGCAUCUCAAGUAGCGUACGGGCCAAAACAUGGCUACACAGUUUCCCAUGCCAGCUUCUACUUCGGUCUCGUCACCGUCUUGACGGGAGUUAGUGGUGUGCUAGUCGGUGGAGAAGUAGCGAGGCGUUGGGGAAAGAAAAACCGCCAAGCCGACGCGCUCGUUUGUGCCAUCGGGUUGUUGGGCUGCGUGCCGUUCCUCUUCUUUGCACUCGUCUACGCCCACAUAGCACCGGCUGUGUUCUGGGCGCUGUGUGUUUUUGCGGAGUUUUUGCUGUGUGUAAUGUGGGCACCUGUGGCAGCCAUUCUUUUGUAUGUCAUAGUUCCUCAGAGAAGAUCGACAGCUGAAGCUAUUCAAAUUCUUUUUAUUCAUUUGCUUGGUGAUGCUUUCAGUCCUCUCAUCAUUGGAAAGAUUUCUGACUCUUUGAGAGGUACUAGUCAUACUCCCGAUGUAAAGCAUGCUACUCCAGCUGAAGCGAGACAGGAGUACUUCGCUCUCCAGCAUGCUUCCUAUAUUACAACUUUUGUAGCAGUAUUGGGUGGUGCUUGUUUUCUUGUCACGUCCUUCUAUUUGGUUCAAGACAGGAAGGCAGCUGUGGAUGCAACUAGGGCAAACAAGAGAUCCUCUGAACGAGUACUUGUCAACUCUGGUGAAGAUGAAGACAAUGAUAAUUCGAAAGAACCAUCAAAAUGGGACUAUGACACAGAAUGUUUAGUCAGUGGAGCUACAUGUACAUGAAUGAUUCUAAAUGAUUCUAGAUUGAAUUGGUUUUUGAUAAUGUUGUGUAAGCAAUGUAAUGUGUGAAUGUGCUUUGA